GAAUUCAGUCGCUGUUGUGGCUGGGAGGCAGCACAAUCAGCCUGUCUCUUUGGCGAAACCGCUAUCAGCCCGAGGUACAGGACUCUUUCAAACCAACCGACCGACCGACUGAAAAUAACUCCCCCCCCACCCCCGACUGUCCCGAACAAACUCCGGCUCUGCGCGACUUUCUGUAAUCCUGCUGCAGGAGCUCAGCAGAAACUUCCAGAAGGAUCAGCGGUGAAAAGACUCUGUGGUGAAUGUCGACAGGAUGUCCAGCCAGUUGACCUUUUCCUUGUGAAUGGAUUAGAGGAAAGUUGUGACCAUGCGCUGCCUGGCUGCCCGGGUCAACUACAAGACCCUCAUCGUCAUCUGCGCCCUCUUCACACUCAUCACUGUGUUGUUAUGGAACCGCUGCUCCAGUGACACCAGCCUACACUUCCUGCCGCGCGCUGCCUUGGUGGCUCCAAGUGCAAAGGUGGGGGAUGCUAGCAUCAGCAGCCAGCAGCACCCGCCACAACCUCCUGAGCCCCCGCCCGUUGUCGGGGUUGUCAGUGGGAUCAAGUAUGAAGAAAUCGACUGCCUGAUUAAUGAUGAGUCCACUAUCAAAGGCCGGAGAGAAGGAGGAGACAUCUACCUCCCCUUCAGCUGGAUGGAGAAAUACUUCGAGGUUUACGGCAAAGUGGUGCAGUACGAUGGCUACGAUCGCUUUGAGUUCCAGCACAGCUACUCAAAAGUUUAUACACAGCGGGAGCCCUACCACCCUGAUGGAGUCUUCAUGUCGUUUGAAGGGUACAACGUGGAGGUCCGUGACCGUGUCAAGUGUAUAAGUGGAGUGGAAGGCGUACCUCUGUCCACUCAGUGGGGCCCUCAGGGCUACUUCUACGCCAUCCAGAUCGCUCAGUACGGCUUGAGCCAUUACAGCAAAAACCUGACGGAGCGCCCUCCCCAUGUGGAAGUCUACGACACGGCCGAGGAGAGAGACAGUCGGGCCAGCUCUGCGCCCUGGAGUGUGCCGAAAGGCUGCAGUCUCAACCGCCUCCACGACAAGAGCCGAGCUACCUCUGUGCGUCAGUUCAGUGCUGCAGAGUCCUCAGAAGGCGUCUCCCUCCAGCUGGGUAACGCCAAAGACUUCAUCCUCAGCUUGGACUUGAAGUUCGCCUCUAACGGCAGCGUGUCUGUGAUCCUGGAGACCACAGAGAAGGGUCCACCCUUCACCAUCCACUACGUGACCAACACGCAGCUCAUCGCCUUCAAAGACCAUGACAUCACCUAUGGGAUCGGGCCGAGAACCGCCUGGAGCACCCUGACCCGAGACCUGAUCACAGACCUCAGGAAGGGCGUCGGUCUGUCCAACACCAAGGCUGUGAAGGCCACAAAGAUCAUGCCCAGACGAGUGGUGCGUUUAGUCCUACAUGGGCGUGGCUUUGUUGACAAUGUCACCAUCUCCACCACUGCACACAUGGCCGCCUUCUUUGCAGCCAGCGACUGGCUACUACGCAACCAGGACGAGCGGGGCGGCUGGCCCAUCAUGGUCACACGUAAACUGGGUGAAGGCUUCCGACCUUUGGAGCCCGGCUGGUACUCGGCUAUGGCUCAGGGUCAGGCCAUGUCGACGCUGGUGAGAGCGUACCUCCUCACCAAGGACCAGGCUUACCUCAGCGCUGCCCUCAAGGCGGUGGGACCAUACAAGGUGCCUUCAGCGCAGCACGGGGUCAAAGCUGUGUUCAUGAACAAAUAUGACUGGUAUGAAGAAUACCCCACCACGCCCAGCUCCUUUGUCCUCAACGGCUUCAUCUACUCUCUGCUGGGACUCUUUGACUUGACUGACACGGCUGGGGAGAAGCUGGGCAGGGAGGCGGGUCAGCUGUUCAGCCGCGGCAUAGAGUCUCUGAGGGCCAUGCUGCCGCUCUUUGACACGGGGUCAGGGAGCAUCUAUGACCUGCGUCACUUCAUGUUGGGCACUGCGCCCAACCUGGCACGCUGGGACUAUCACACCACACACAUUAACCAGCUGCAGCUCAUUGCAUCUAUAGACAACUCUCCCAUUUUUAAGGAUGUGGUCAAACGCUGGAAAAACUACUUAAAAGGGAUCCGUGCCAAGCACAACUAGACCAACUGUAAGCAUUGUGUGGAAAAACAGCAGAGAUGAUAUUCUUGUGUGAGAACUUGGUGAAUAAAUGAAUGUGAGGCGGUGCUCACAUUGUGUGUCUGUGUGGUGGAGGAUCAUUAACUAAAGGAUGAGUUUAUUCAGCUGCAGCUCAACACUAAAUGUUUCACAUGUGCUCAGUUGCAGGUUUUUUCUUUCCUGCAACAUCGACUGUAGCUCUCCUCUCCCGGUUUAUUUCCUUGAGCUAGUGUUUGUAAUUAUGCACAGACCUAGUUUCAGAGUGUGUGUGUUUGUGUUCAGGAAGAGCACAUUGUGUGUGUGUGUGUGUGUGUGUGUGUGUGUGUGCGCGUGUGUGCGUGCGCGCUGUUUAGAGUAACAAUAUAUGAUGCUAGAGGAAGAUGAACCUUCUUGGGUUGUUUAAUCUGACUCACAUUUCCUACAUUCAUCAUCCACCACAAUUCUCUUCUCCAUUGUAUUUUUUAACUGGUUUGAGAGUUUAUUGAAACAAAUACACAGAAUAUAUAAGAAAAAUAGUUUUGAGAAUGAUUCCAAAAAAAUCUAAAUAUGAUGAACAUUUAGUUUUUUAUUUGUCCCCUAGAACCUUAUUUUUACCCUUUAACAUUGGAAUCUUCAAAGUUUAAAAUAUAAAAAUGAUGUAAGUUUGUAAGAAAGAUGUGAGAUAAAUUAAUUUGGCUGUCUUUUUACUUCAUGCUUCCUAACUGGCAGCUUUCUGUUGUUUUUUUUUAAAACCAUUUCUCCCUAAAACACAGUAGUUUUAACUAUUGACAAAUUAUUUUAGAGGAAGUUUAUGUUGUUGUUUUUUAAGCAAGCUCAUCUUUAACUUGUUUGCUUUUCCUCUCAUCUUGAUAUUCAGUCAUGGAUUAAGUGUUUGUCGAGCUGCUUGAAAUCAGCUCUGAGGAACAAAACAAGCCACCAAGUUUGACGUCAGAUGGUUCAACUGGCUCAGGCUUCCUGCAGGUCUCCUCUCUACAUGCCCACAAUUCAACUUUCUAAAGCUGAGUUGUUGUUUUUUCUAGUCGACAAAGGUUCCAACUGAAAGACAGAUGGGUCCGAGUGUAACACUGAAGGUAACACUGCCACUACGUUAUUGACUGACUAUACCACUGAUCCACAGCCGCCCAUUACUACAGAAGCCCUCCGUCUGCUUAGGGUUUCAAUAGUAAUGACUAAACUUGAUGCUUUUCCUUUAGACUUUCCUUAACUGACCAACUUAAGCUUCAUAUAAACCUUGACCUUGCUGUCAAAAUGUCCUUUGGUUUGUACAACAGCAUCAUUAUUUGUAGCUUCAUUUGAUAGAUUUUCACGUUCCCUUUCCACCUUCUAAGAUUGUUGUUUACUUGAAAACUCACCUAUGACUCUUUACUCGCAGAUCAUAAUUGCAGGACUCAAGUGUGAAGUUGUGUGCUCCGGCAGAGCUGCGUCUCACUAACAUGCCAAUUUCUAACAUUUAAAUAGACAAUGUGAGAAGAGCUGAAGGUCGAGGUGAAGUCUGCACCAACACGAAGAGGCUGUCAGUCCCUGCAGGCUCUCAUUGCUCCUCUGGGCUGCUGUGGGUGCAUGAACUCAGCGUUUUUAAUCUUGAGUGCUGCCCUGUUGACCGCUGUGCGAGGAGAAACGGCCUCGUCGAGACACUAACAAUUCACCCGGCUAAUAGGCCUGAGAGGCUGCACACAGUACCGUCGCCUGUCUGUGGAUGAGUCAGCAUCCAGUGGCAUCACACCCGCAAAGAAAACAAAGUGGAGCCCUCAGCAUUAAUGAGGCUCUCAUCGAUCUAGCUUAAAGAUUAUUAAUGGGAAGCAGGACACUCGGGCUGGUUUGGUCCUCGGAAGGUGUUGAUGGUGGAUUUUUCUUUGGCCAUUUUCAUAAAACGGAAAACUUUUCCCCCUUAUGGUCUGCUUUUAAGUUGUUGAACUUCCAGUGUAUUUAAAGACUGAUUCUAAGAAGUCUCUGAUUUAUUUUUAAAAAAAAAAGCUUUGCUACCAUGACAGCUGAUUUGCUUUCGUUCAAACAGUUCUAAAUCCUCUGGGUGUUUCUCUCUGACCGUACAGCUUCAUCUUCAGCUCAGCUGCGACAUUCAAAACUUAGUGAGGAUUUAUAACAGAGUUUUAGAGCUAACCUUAAGAAGAAAUAAUCACAGAUGAUUAGUAGUAAAAGAAGUUGUAAUAAUUCAAGAAAAAGUCACAGCGUUAUUAGAAAAAAAGACGCGUUUUGCAAAGAAAAUACUCACUGUUGGUCCAGUAAAUAUGACUUAAUCGUUUGUUUAUCAGUGCCACACGUCACAGCAUUCAAAGCUUGUUUCUAGCAUGGCCUUUUAAUACAUGAAACUCCAAAACAAAUUCACAAGAGACUUUACAUACAAGAAAUCAGCUUAUUAAACUCGUACAUUAAAUAGCACAAAACAUGUAACUCAACAUAACUACAGAAAAUACAAACUAUAGUACAAUAUAGUGUCCUAAAACAAGAAGCACCAGAUUAUUCAUAAAUGUAUGAAUCCUGCUAAAAAAAAAAAAAAACACUUUCAUUCGGAGUUUGAAAGGAUUCAAGUCAGGAUCAGUUCAAGUAUUUUUCAGAUCAAAUCAUUUCUUAGACGUAAGAAUAUAACAUGACCUUCCCAGUCUUACCAUCACAUCCACUUCUUCUCACUGCUACAACGUGACUCUUCCUUCAUCCUAGAGGUUUAUACUGGUAUUACAUUGAUGCUUCGUUUUCAAAUUAAAAAAACAAAGAAGAGAAGUUUUCCAAGAGGAUAGUGAUGAGUGUACUUUUUUCUUUUUGAUAAUACAGGUUGUUUUUUUUACGCUUGCUGGUCUUUGCUGUGUUAAUUUCCUGGUAGCAUUUUUUUGAGUCAUGAGUCAUUUUUACAGGACAUUUAGAAAAAUGUUGUUUUAAAGAGAACAUUCAGGAAUAGACGUGUUGAGUGUGAUUCUCCAUUUUGUUUAUACCAAAGUCAUCGAUUCAAGUUUGAAUUUGUAUAUUUUUGUGCAAACCGACUUCCAUUCAGCAUUUAAUGACAUUCAAUGUCAUGGAGGCGUCGCAGAGAGACACUGCCUUUUGAGAAAAGACGUUUUUCAGAUGUAGGUUUAGUAGAUAAUAGUACAAAAGAAAGAUUAAAAGCUUGUUUCAGUGAAAGGGGAUGCGUGCAAAAAGAGAUAAGCAUUUAGUCGGCUACUGUUUUAAACGAGCCUUUAGCUGCAGAUUAUCCUUCAGCUUUUUGUUUUCUCUUUCAGGAGUUUGUGUUUCGUUCAUCGUUCGCUGGAAUAAUUUGCAGAGGAGUGAGAUGUUUUGCUAGAUAGACACAAAAGCACAACUUUCCAUUUUCCAGUCACAUGAUUUCAGUUGUAUAUUUGUUGGGUUUCAUUUGUCUUUGUGUUCAAAAUAAUGUGCAACGCCUUCAUUCAGGAAGCUGCUAGCUAUUAUUGUUCACUGUGGCACAGGAAUGACAACUUCAGUUUCCUACGUUUAACAAGUUGUGUUUAUUUCCAACUUUCUGUUGAAGACUUCAACAUGUGGCCGCAGAGGUCAAAUGUGAUUUAUGCAAUAAAAUGUUUACUGGGGUUGUGACACCACAGGAGACCCAGAGAAGUUGUACAGACUUUGCAAUCCAAGCACAAUGUGCAAAUGCUACCAUUUUUUAGUCUAAGGACGAGAGGUGUUUAUAUACAGAGUAAAUCUUUGUGCUUUAAAAAUGUGCUUUUUAAAGGUGUAAAAAAAAUAAAAGCAUUUUUCUUAA